AUCAGAAGCGGAAAAGUGUUUUGUUGCUGCUGCGAAUGUUAGCUGCUCGACUCCAGCCUCAUUAUCAUCGUGGUCACUAACAGAAUAUAAUGAAUCAAGAAAAGCUCGCCAAACUGAAGGCAGAGGUCCGGAUAGGUGGAAAGGGAACUCCUCGCAGGAAGAAAAAGGUUGUUCACAAAACGGCAACAGCUGACGACAAAAAACUCCAGGGUUCCCUGAAGAAACUGGGAGUGAACACCAUCACAGGGAUAGAAGAGGUGAACAUGAUAAAAAGCGAUGGGACGGUAAUCCACUUCAACAACCCUAAGGUCCAGGCUUCCCUGUCAGCCAACACCUUUGCCAUCUCAGGCCACGCUGAGAACAAGCAGCUCACUGAGAUGCUGCCAGGAAUCCUGAGCCAGUUGGGAGCUGACAGCAUCACUAACCUGCGCAAGCUGGCCGAGCAGUUCCCACGGCAAGCAAUGGACAUGAAAGCAGUCAAAGAGGAAAUUGCAGAAGAGGAGGAUGACGACGUACCAGAUCUUGUGGAGAACUUUGACGAACCUUCAAAGAAUGAAGCAAACUGAUAAAUCCUCCCUUUUUUUCUCUCUCUCUCUCUGCUCUCCGUCAACCGUUUUCUUUUUUUUUAAUGUUUACCUCUUACGGAAUCACAAAGGAUAUUUCCUGUUGUGGGGAAACGGUUGUUAAAGGUGCAAUGCAUCAUAUCUGGAGAUAUGGCUCAGACUGCCACAACAACAUGCAGUAGGUUUUGAUUUCGGUCGGCGUUGAUGUUUUGAACACUCCGAAAAAUGCGGAUCUGUGCGAAUCUCCGCACCCAAAGGACUCAAACUACUUUAAAUAUGCUGUAAGCUUUUUACAUGGUUAAACAUGGCUAAUAUUUAAGAGAUUGUUUAUUAAAAUACAGUUUAAGUGAAUGAAUAUUUCAUUUUACAUAUAGUGAUGGUGAUGAAUUAAAUAAAA